AUGAAUAAAAAUAUUCACAGUAAGAUUUGCGAACUAAACCAAAAUACUUCACAAGAUGAAUUAAAUAUUGCACUGAACAAUUUAAAGGAAAGAAAUAAAAACAACAAAAAUGGCGCUAUAUUAAAUGAUAAUAAAAAUAAAUUUCAAGAAAAGCAAUCAGAGCAUGAAAAUGAUAUACAUCGUACAUUAAAAAUAAAUAAUGAAUUGGAUGGAAAUUUAAAGAUUAUAGAAAAUCUCGAGCAAAAAUAUUUCUACUUACAAAAUGAAAAAGACAAAAGAAAGAAAAAAAAACAAUUUUAUAAAUUAGGAAAUUCAAUUUUAAAUAACCUGGAUCCUAACAAUAAAUUGGUAUUUUUAGAUACAUGCGAGAAUAAAAAAGAAAAUAAAGAAAACCCUGGCUCUUUUUAUUUCUCUAAUGAUUCCUAUGAAACUUAUAGUAGUAAUAAUAAUAGUAGUCAAAAAAAUUAUACAUUCGAAAAUCGAAAUGAUGAGGAUUAUAAUUCGUUCAAAAAUUCCACUAAAUAUAUACAAAGCAUUUUGAAUAGGAAUCCUGAUGUGAAAUUAGAAAAUUUCAACACCAGAUAUAAUCCAUUUGUAAAAAAUGAACAAAAAAAUGUCAUUUAUUACAUGAAAAAUGAAGAAAGUAAUUUUAUUUCUAAUAAGGAUAAUAUCAGCAGUGAAAAUGAUGACAUAGACAAUGAUAACUACAAUAAAUUCCUCAUUUCAAGCUUCACUAAGAGUGCAAAAGAAAAUGUUAAAACUGAAAAAAAAAUACAAAAUAUAAAGGAAAAACUACACGAAAUAAAUUAUAAACCACAAAAUUUAUAUAAUAAAAUUGAAGAGGGAUAUGUUCAGAAACUUAGAAAUAAUGGAAAUUAUUUCAACCCUGAGAUAGACAAUUACUAUAACACAGAUAAUAAUAAAAGUUUAUUUCCAAAUAAAUCUAAUGAAAAUAAUUGUAUGUUUGAACAAAAUAUAAAAGAUUUUCCAUAUCAAUGCUAUUCAGGUGAUAUUAGUUUAAAUCAAAAAAUACCUCUAGGGAAAGAAAAUUACAAUGAUCAAUAUGUAAUAAGCAAUUACAUAAAACAAACUAAGAAUGAGAUCGAGGUAAUAACUACUGAUGAAAAUAGAAAUAAUGCGAGUUUAGUUAACCUACAAAAAUUGAAAAACAAUAAUUUUACAAAAAAUAACCAUGCAAUUUAUACCAAGCCAAUUACAUACAAAAAUAAUAAAUUAUACAAUAGCUACAAUUAUAUAAAUAAAAAUUUAGAAUAUACACAGAACGAUGUAAAUAAUAUAAACACACCCAACAUUCAUAAACUUGUUCGAGAAAACAUACCACCCAAAUCGCAGGAUGGACAAUUCAUAAACGAAACAUCCAAUUUUGGUAGCAGAAUAAUCAAUGGUAACGCUUCUACAAGUUUAUGUGACGAAAAUUUGGAAAACAAUAAUGCAAAUAAUAUAAAUAACGCACUAAAUAGCAAUACCGAUCUAAAAUUUCACUCCAAAAUUGAUAUAAGCAAUUUACAUGUAAAAAAUUGUGCAAACAAUAUGAAUCGGGGAAACGAAAACGCAAAUAAUAUAAACAAAAUAAUAAUAAAUUAUAGAAAUAAAGAAGAAGCAAAAGAAAAUGCAAAAAAUAUAAAAAAGGAAACAUAUAUCAACGAUAUAAAUCCAUCCAGUGUGGGGAAUAUUAUCAAUCCAAUAGAUUCCAGCAUGAAAUGGAAUAAUAAUAGUAAAAUGGCCAAUAACAUGUCUAGUAUGAAUAAUAUAAAUAAAGAAAAAUACUGGAUAAAGAAAACAUAUCUAGAUAAUACCGAUAUAUGCAAUGCUGAUACAAUGAGCGUGCCAAAUAAUAUGAAUAAAUUAUAUGAUUUAAAAAAUGAAAAACCAAAGAAAAAAAAUAAUGACCUAAAUAUUAAAAAUAAAGAAAUAGUAAUAAAUUCAGGAAAAUACCAAGAAAAUAGCACAGAAAAUAACAAUAGACAAAUUAUGAAAAAUGAUAUAAAACUAACUAAAAUUUUUUUUAUAGAUUCAGAAAACCAAAUAAUAAAUAGUGACACUAAUAAACUCGGGAAAGAUAUAAUAUACCACAAUAAUAGACAAGUAAAUGAACUUUAUAAUAAGAAGCUUUCAUAUUUUGAUGAACUGGAAAAUAUGGGUUCUGGGAAAAAUGAUUCAUAUGCAAACUGGAACAGAAAUAUGAAAUUAAAAUUUGAUGAAAUUCAUUCUAAUGAUUAUCCUAUUUUCCAUGAUCAAAAUAGUAGAAAAAAUUGGGAACAAAGUUUCAAUAAACACUCAAAUCACUUAAAAGAGGUAAACAAUCAAGGAAAAGAUUUAAUCUCGAAUAAUAGUAUUAACACUACUAGCGCAAAUUUUAAAUUAUCCCGGCAAGAAAACUCAAUAAAUUAUGAACAUGUAAAAGAUUAUAAAAGAAAAUAUUAUAAUAUAAAUUAUAAUGAGUUUAAACAUAAUCAGUUAUUAGAUAUAAAUGAUACUGCAAAUCUUAAUCUAUCAAAUCAAUAUAUUAACAAAAAUUUUAUGACAACACAUAUUAUAAAUGAUGACGAAAAUUUAUUAGGAUCUACUAAAAUAAGUUCUUUUGAUGGUAUUAUAAAAUUGGAAGAUGAAAAAAAUACUGAAUAUUUAACUGGUGAAUAUUGUUAUAUUAACAGCAAAAGGGAAGAAAACAAAUUGUAUAACAACGAAAACAUAAAUUGCUUUAAAAAAUAUAAAGACAUUAACACGAACAUCAAUAAUGAAAAGUACAAUGCUAAUGGAAAAUAUAACAAGAGCAAUUUUUUUUCAUCAGUCAAUAUAAGCGAUAAAGCAAAUGCUAAAAAUAUAACGGAAAAUGGAAAAUAUAAAUCAUAUCAAAAAGAUUAUAAUUUAAAAACUUUUAAAAAUAAAUCAGUAAAUCCUCAAGGUCUUUUACAAAUAAAAAAUAAUACAGCAGAGAUACAAAAUAACGAUUAUAAUUUUAGGCAUCCUAGUUUUUAUUUUAAUGAAAUAAAGCAUAUAGAUCAGGAGAAAAAAAAAUCAAAAUAUGAGAAUAGUAGUAAUCCAAACAAAAUAUAUAUUAACGACUUUUUGGUUCAAAAUGAUAAUGAAACAAUCGAAUACGAUUUUAACGCAAAUAACAAAAUUAAGAAUGAAAUAUUUAUUAGUAACCAUGACCCAAUAAUUCGAACAAAUACAGACACGGAAAAAAAUGAUAAUGUGAAUAAUUACAUUAUUGAAGGAAAAUACAACAUCAAGAAUGUUAUAAAAGAAAGUAGAAGCAUCACAAUGUGUUAUGUAAUACAGAACAUUCUUCAAUACAGUAACAAAAUUUUUAACGAUCUAUACGUGAAUAGUGAUUUGCUAAAAAAAAAGAAACGAAAUGAACUUAAUUUAUAUUUAAUAAAAUUAAGAGAAAAUAAUUAUGAACAAUUUUUUUUUAACUUAAAUAAAUAUUUUGAAGCGUUUCUAGCAUUUCUGAAUUCUAAUUAUAUAUAUAAAUGUAAUUCAUCUAUAUUAUAUAAUAUUUGCAUUGUUGUAAAAAACUUAUUUUUUUUACUAAAUUUCGGGGUAUAUAUUUUUCACAUAAUUAAAGUAUGUGCAUAUUGUAUUGUUAAAUUAAUCUUAAUGAAUCCAAUUCCUAUUAUUGAUAAGACAUGGUUUUUUUUAUUAAAUUUAUACAGAUAUAUAUUUCAAAAAUUAUACGAACAUUUUAAAAUAUAUUUUAAUAAUAAUGAAAAUCAUCCAAUGGAUAAAGAAUCACUUGAGAUUUUGAUAUCUUUUAUAAAUACCUUCAACGAAAUUAUUAUAGAAUAUGGGAAAAUAAGGGUAAUAUCAAGAAAUAAAAAAAAAGAAGAAUUAAUUGCGUUUCCUUUGUAUGAAGCACUCAAGCCAUUUUUCUUCCUGAACACAACAUACUAUGGUAAUUCUCCAAAAAUGAACGAAAAAAACGAGGUAAAUUUUCUGACAAAAAUAUUAACCAGCUCAAGUGGGAGCAGUUAUUGUAAUAGUAGAAGCGAUUCCAGUAAUUCUAACAACUAUGAAAGCUAUUAUUCGAAUAAAUAUUCACAAAGAAAUUCGAUGGAGAAAAGUUAUGAGAAAAUAGAGGAUUUUAUAAAUAUUUCCAAUAAAUAUUAUCAAACAGUUAAAAGGAAACAAAAACAUGAAAACAUAAAUAAAUUUUAUAAUGAAAAUUUCGAUUUGCUCGAUUAUAAAUCACAGUGUUCUGAAAAAAGUCGAAGGGAAAAUACAUUUGAAUAUAUCAACAAUACUAGUAAUGAAAUAUUCCAUGAAAUAUUAGACAAACAAAAUAAAGAACAUAUUAUUCACUCAAAGAAUUAUAUUCUGGAUGCAAAAAACCAUAUAAAAAAAAAUAAUGACGAUGAAUUGUCAAUUUAUAUGCGAAAUAAUUUACUAUGCUCUAUGCAAACUCUUAUAAAGAUGUUUUCUCAUAUUUAUAUAAACAACUGGGAUAAAAUUCUUUAUUAUUAUGACGAAAAUACGAAUGAGCGUAUUCCAAUAUUUUUAAAUAUAAUUAUAAAUAAUCAUAAUCAAAAACUAAGAACUAAUUCAAUUUUAUGUUUAAAAUAUCUAUUCGAUUGUAAGCAACUCAAAUAUUGGUUUUUAUUAAAAACAAAUAUUUAUAACUCAGACACUAAUGAUUUUAACAAUCGUCAAUCGGCUUUAAAGUAUGAAGAAAGCGCAAUCAGUGUCUCUAAUAUGGCUAUGGAUCAAUCCAAAGACAAUAAUAGUCAUAGUAGUUUUAAUAAUAGUAACGAUCAUAACAAAAUUGAAAAAAGUAUAGACCCUACUAAUAGGGGAAAAUAUUAUCAACAACCAUUAAAUGACACAUAUGCCCAUGAACAAGGAUAUACCUUAAUGGUUAUGGCGAAUGAUGAUAUGCCUUUAAGAAAAUAUACAUGCGCAGAAAACGAAACGCAAAUUAAAUAUAAUUAUGCUGAUACUCAAAUGAGGAAUAUUAUAUGCCCAGAAAUUUUAUCAAGUCUAAAAAAUAUUGUAAAUGAUAACAAUAGUGAUACCAGUGGAUGUAUCAUAGAUAAAAAUGUAGACAACGGAAAUGAAAAAGAUACUUAUACCAGUGGCAAAAUCAUUGAAGAAAUUAACUCAAAUAAUCAAGAAUCCUUAGAAAAACAAAACGAAAAAAAUAAAAUACAUAAAAAAGGAUCGACAUAUACAAAUGUAAACAAAGGGAAUAAAAAUUUGAAUUAUUCUAUACAAACACAUGGAGGCACAGAUUAUAAAACUGGAAAUAUAAAUUAUAAAAAAUUAAUGAUAGAAGAUAAUAUUAUAAAAAUAUUAUCUCACUUAAUUAAAUUAAUAAAUAAAACGUACUUAUUAAAUAAUGAAGAUUAUUUCUAUACACCAAUAGACAGAUUAAAUAUUUAUCGAUUUUUUUUGCGAGUUUCACAAUCUAUGUUGUUAAAAAAAUAUAAAAACUUAUUAAUGAAAAUUUUUAAAACAUCUUUUUUUUAUUUAUUAAAAUAUCUUAUAUAUUUUAAUAAUGGAGAUAUGCUACCAUUUUGUGGGAAAAAAGUAGUUCAAAAUAAAAAUAAUUUAAAAAAUAAAAAACAACAUAUAUUGCAUAAUAACAGCGAUAAUGAUUUGACAUUUUUAAAUAAUGACCAGUCUAUAGAUAAGGGAGAAAUAAAAAAAAAAAAAAAAAAAAAUCACUCUCUUUCGAACAAUUUUCUUUAUAUCAUAGAUGAGCACAAUUCUCAAAAUAUUCGCAAAACACAACCAUUCAUUCAAAAUACUUCUGACAUCUCAACUCAAGUCGUAGAAAAUGAUUAUAUAGGUGAAGAACAUAUGUUUAAAACGCUAAAUAAUAACUCAGAAUGUUUCAAGCAAAUGGAGAGAUAUGAAGAAGAUAACAUUUACAUAAUCAAAGAUGUUGAGAAAUCAUAUUCUUAUCAUGAAAAAGAACUGAAAAACAAUUUAAAAUGUUUCUCGUAUAAUAGUGAAUAUAAUGAUAAUUCUUAUGGAAAAACAACAAUAAAUAAGAUAAAACAUAAAGAUAUAGAAAUAUAUACAAAACAAUUUUUACAAGAGGAUAUUAAAAACGAAACAUACUUUAAAUAUAAAAGGGAAAAAGUUAAUAACAAAUUCAAAGAUAAAGAAUCGAUGAAAAAUACAAUUGUUGAAAAAAUAAAAACAAAACAUCUUGAUAUAGAUAAGCACAAAAUCGGUAAACUUGAUGCUUAUAAAGGCAAUAAUUUGGAUAUUAUUGAAAAUAAGGAGAAUACCGAAACACAUAAUGGGAAUAUCCAACGUUUCAGAAGUUUCUAUGAUAGGGUGCAAAGUGCUAAGGAUUUUAAUGAUGACGAAAUGAUUUUCAAUCUCAAAGACCAUAAAAGCGAUGAAAGUAAAUGUGAAAUGAAAAGGGAACAUAUAGAAGAAGACAUAAUUUCGAUAUAUUCUGAUAAAAAAACAGAAAAAAGGAGAAACAAUAAAAGCAAUGAAUUUUUUCAAGUUUUCCAAAAUGAAGAAAUGGAACAAAAUACACAAAUGAACAAAAAUGAAAACGAAAUAUCUUAUUUGUAUAAAAAUAUUAACAAAAUAAAUAGAAAUCUUUUAUGCAAAAAAACUUAUGAACUAUUAAUACGAGUAUUAUAUUGCAAUGAAUAUUCAAAGAAUUCAAAAUAUAUAUGUACAAUAACUGUUAUUAUAAACAUUUUUUCAGUUUUAUUAUCUGAAUAUAAUGAUGAUAUAUAUAAUUUUUUAUGCACCAAUAUUUACAGAAAAAAUAUAAAUAAAAACUUAAACAAUCGAAAUAUAUUUUGUGAAAAUUCUACUCAAAAUUAUUUGUACAACAUCUCCUUUGUGCAAUUGAUAUAUUUCAUGCUUAUAUUUUUAUACAAAAUAUUUUAUCAGACAUGUGAUGAGGUAAAGAAUAAUUUAAUAACCAAUAUAGGUAAGCCUUCAACUUACAAUAUUAAUGACACUUUUAAUAAUGUUGUAAAAUGGAAUCGCCCAAAUGAGAAUGAUUAUAACAAUAAAAAUUGUGGUGCGAUAAAUAACCAGUUUAGCACAAAUGUCAAAUAUGAAACGGGUCGAAAAAACGACGUACUAAAUAAAGACUACAAUACUAACUGUGAUAACAAAACAAUCUAUAAUAAUAUCGAGAGUUACAAUGAUAUGGAAAAUUUCAGUAACAAAAAUAAUUACCUUAACGAUAAAAAAACUUCUAUCAACAAUUCAUAUACUGAACGUUUCAACAAAUACAUUACAUCAUAUACACAAAGAGAAUUUAAUAAAAAUAAAAACGUAAAUAUAUUUGAUAAAUAUAAUUUGAUACCUUAUGAUAUGCAAAUAUUUAAAAAUAUGUUUGUAGUUUUUCAAAAGACGCUGAAAUAUUAUUUAUUUUGUUACAUGCAUUGUUGGAACGAUGUAAAAACCUUGUUGGAAUAUUUUUUGCAAUCAGAAAAUAUAAAUAUAAAAAUAAUUUCUAUUAAAAUAGUGAUUGAUAUUUUUACUUUUAUAAAUGCCUACUACGAAGAUAAGACUAUUGAUAAUAAUAAUAAUAAUGAUGAAUCCGAACUAUCAGUUUUAAAAUCAAAAGCAAAAGACAAUACUAAAAACAGUCCUAUAUUUACCAAUGAGGAUGCUUCAGAACAAACUAAUAUCGGUGGAAGUUCACACGAAAGAAAAAAGGCGAAAAAAAAAAAAAAAAAAAAUGAUAAUUUGAAUGAUGCUGCACAACCGGAUGAGGAAAGAAAAAAUUAUUCCGAUACAAUAAAUUUGUUUGAAUGCUCAAAAAGUGAUUUAUACAAUUUUACAAAUGUGAAAAAUGGAAAUCAACAAAUAUAUAAAAAUAGUAGUGAUAAAAAAAAUAGUAUUCAUUGUGACAAACGUGAACAGGAUGAAAAAAUGAAUAAACAAAGAGAAAAUAAUAGCAAUCAUAUUAGCAAUUCGAAAUGCCAAGAAAAUUACAAAAAUUACCAAAAAAACAAAUUUAUGAAACUAGUAGAAAGAGAUAUGAUAUAUUUGUUUAGAAAAUAUAUAUUAAUGCAUAUACACAGCAUAAAUAAAAUAGACAAUGAUACAAUUAAUAAAAGAAAUAAAAUAAAGCAUGUAUUCUUUAAUACAAUUAUAUGUAUAUCUCAACUAAGUUAUGAAGGUUUUAAAGUUUUAAAAAUUGAAGAUAUACAAAAAUUAACUAAUUUAAUUUCUUCUUGUGUGAAUAAUAUCAAAUGCAAUAUAAUUACUACACUCAGUAAAUAUAUUAUUAAAUAUAUAUUUACCUUUAAUAAAAAAUUUAUACAAAUGUAUGAAAAAAAAAUUAAUCUCUUACAUAUAAAUUCGGCAAAUGUAUAUUAUAAUAAUAUUCUUUCCACUCAAAAUAAUUUCCACAUAACAAAAAAUAACUUCAAUAUUGAUAUUUUACUCAAUGAAAAUUCCAUUUCGCCUUCUGGUUCUAAUAUACAAACUAAUGAAUCCCUUCAAAAUGAAGCAAGUGGAAAUAAUAAUUAUAUGAACAUGUUGAAAACAUAUCAAAUAAGCGAUUUUAAAAACCGUUCUUUCUUAAAUUCUUCACAAAAUAAACAAGAAAAGUACUACGAAAUUGAACAAGAUAUUCAUGAAAGUGGUCUUGCUUCUCCAUUUUUUGUUUCACCAGGUUCUAAUGAGUUUUUUCAAAAAAAUAAUUCAUCUAAUCAUACUUCUACACUUAAUAAUACUUUUUCUGAUAAAUCUGAACAAUGCUUAAAAAAUAUGAAUAAGAGUAGUCGGAAUUAUUCUUUUGACAAUUUUUUUUGUAAAAAUAGACAGAUCGAGGUAGAUAGUUGUAGGAAUGAUAAUAAUGGUACUACUAUCUAUAAUAGUAUCAUUCAUAAUAGAAAACCAGAAAUAGAAAAUAUGAACAAUAAAGAACAGCAUUUUACAUAUUUUAAUGCAUAUAAUGAGACAAAAAAAGAAACAAAUGAUAAAGAUUCAUUUAAAAACAUGAACACAAAUAAAUUUAUUAAAUUUGAUAAUCAUCAAACUAUAUCACAAAAAGAAAGUGAUAAUAACAAUGAUUAUUUCAAAAACGAUAAAUUAAAAAAAAUGGAAACUAAUACAAAAAAAUACAUCAAUAAAAUUAAUAUACAAAAUAGUAACGAUAUUUUAAUGUGUAAAAAAGAACACACAGAGAAUUUAGAUAACAUAUCACAUCAAUAUACUGAUGAUAGAAAAAAUAAUGACAAUAUAGAAAACGAAAACUACUAUAACAAUAUUAAACUAGAAAACCAUCAAAUUAACGUUAAAGAAGACAAUAGCAUACUUAAUAAUAGUGUUUACAUGUUAAGAAAACAGAAAAACGAAAAAAAAUUAUUUGAAUUAUAUUAUAUAUAUAUUUAUAUUAUUAUUCACAUAAUAAAAUUUUACAAUGAGUCUUUUGUAGAUUUAAAAUACUAUAUAUAUAACUGUAUAUGUGAGAUCGCGAGUUCGUACAUUCCUUUUUAUUUCACCCAAAAUAAUAUAAAAAGCUUCUCUUAUUAUAGUAAUCACAAUAGUGAAGAAAAUAAAGAUAUUAACGAAUUUAUAAGUUUUAUAAACAAUAUUAACGUAUCUACAAAUAUAAAUGAUUUAAAAUUAUAUAAUUUUAAUAACAAAAAAAAGGAAAAAAAAUUAAAGACUAAAAAAAUACUCAAAAAAAUGUAUAAUUCAGAUAAUGUAAAUGAUCAUCAUACCCAAGCUUCCAAACUUGAGUUUAUUCAGUCGCAAAAAUCUGCUACAAAAACAUAUGAAGAAAAUGAAUAUUCGGAGAUUCCUGGGUCAUCGAUUUCUACAUUUAUAGGAACCGAAAAAUUAUCUAGUAAUGAAAGUGGCAAUGAAAGAAUAUAUAAUUUGUCUAAUUCAAAAGAUGAGAAAAUUGAGAACAAUAGUUGCAUAGAACAAAAAACAAAUUCCCGGAGUAUAUGUACAGGUACCAAAUUAAAAAAUAUUCAAAAUCCUCGAGAAAGCAUACAUGAUGAUUUUUCAACCAGCAUUUAUUUAAUUUCUUAUAUUGAAUAUGUUUACAUAUUAUUGUUAAUUAUAAGAGGAAAUAGGAAGGUAGAAAAAGAUCGAGCCAUUUGUUGUAUUAUUAGGUAUUUGGGUUUUAUAUGUAAAAACAUGAACUUCUUUUUAUUUAACUCGAUUAAUUUAGUGUCUCCAACUUUUCUUAACAAAUAUUUUGUAUACCUAAAUAAUUUAAUCGAAAAGAACAACUUUUUUGAUUACUCCAAUUUUGAUAGUCAAGAAGAAGAGAUAAGUCAAAUUGGAGGAAAAAAGAAAAAAAAAAUCAAUAAAAAUGUAGCAAAGAAUAAUAGAGAAAUUAGAAUACCAGAAAAUAUUCACAAUGAAAAAUUGGAUAGCCAAUCAUGCAAAAAUUGUAUGAAGAAAUAUAUAGAUACACAAAAUGAAUUUAAUCAUGGAUGGGAAAACGAAGAUAUUAAAAAAAAUACACACGAUAAAGAUGAAAGUAAUGGCCAAGAUGUCGAAAAAAUAGACAAUAUGGAUAAAAAAGAAUCAGUGAGAAAUUCAAAGGAUAAAUUGUAUCACUUAUUCUUAAACAUAUAUGUAAAAUACGAAUAUGACUUCAAUCAUUGGUUCAUUUCUUCGAAUAAAAAUAUAAAUAAGGAAAGGACAAUUGAAAUAAAUAGUAAAAAGGGUGAUUACAUUAAAAAUCUAAAUUAUUUACUGAAUAAUAACGAACAGUCAAAAAGAAACAGUAAAAACAAAACUCGAAACACCGAAGAUAUCAUAAGAAUAAAUCCUCAAUUAGAUAUUCCAAGCAAAGAAUGGAUUGAAUGCUAUUCUUAUAAAAAAAUAAAAAAUAUAUCACCCAAUUCAAUUGUAAUAGAAAUAAAAGAUAUAUUCAAUUCUACUAUAAAUAAAAAUGAUAUUCUAAAUAACCCUAAUAAUAUCGACUCAAAAAUAAUAUUAUAUUUAUUAUCCGUUGUAAAAGAUCAUAUAAAAAAUAAAAUAACAUGGAACGUUCUUUAUGCAUUUAAAUUAAUCUAUAAUAAUUUUUCAUUUUUUUUUGCACACAACUUCACAAAUUUACAUAAUAAAAUAUUAGAUAGUUUAAUUAAUAUAUUGAGAUUUACAAAUGUAUAUAAAAUUAAAAUUUUGUCUUCUUUAGCAUUAAUGCAUAUACCCUUAUAUUAUAAUAUUAAUAAAAAUAAGUUAAAAGAAUUAUGGGAUACUUUAAUAUCGAAUAUUAUUUUUUUUGAUGUUACCUUUUCAAAUGAUGACAAAUCUAAUAUGAAUUCACCUUGUUAUUAUUAUAAUAAGGGAGCAAAUUAUUUUACUAUAAGCAAAAAAAAUGAAUAUAAAUAUAAAUGUACAUUAAGAAUAAAUAUUUGUGAAUUAUUAUACAUAUGCAUAUAUAGAUCAUAUAUACAUUCAAAUAUAAAUACAAGCAUAGAAAUUAAUAAUGAACAAAUUAAUUGUUACGAAAUUUUUAAAAAAUACACACACAUAUUUAACAUAAAUAACGAUUUGCACAUAUACAACUUAACACAUAUAUUUAAUAACCAUGUAUUAUAUUAUUCAUUUUAUAACAACCUGAGUAAAGAAAGUGAAGACAGUUCGAGCAUUCCCAACAUUAUCUCCAAUUGUGAUACCCCAAAUCCGAAAGCGGGGAUAACACAACAAGACGAUGACCUCAAAGAAAAGCAAACCUUACAAACCGAACAAUCAAAAUCCAAUGAAAACGCAUUUAAUGAAUCAAAACAAAAAAAGGAAAAUAUAUACAACGAUGAAACCAUUGAAUUUCAAUUAUUUUUAAAUCGACAUUUUGAUAAAUAUAACUGUGUCUAUAGAAAUUUAUUGGAAUCAAACAAAAACCCAAUUUUUCUGGCACUUUUUUUAAAGCUUCAUUACGAGAUUAAAAAUUCACUAAAAAAAAUUCAGAAAAAAGGGAUACAUAAUAACGGGUAG